AGGAGCGUAGCGGAGGGAGUGUUAGUCCUUCCGGGUCUCCGCAGUCCGUCUUCUUGGAGCUCACUUAGCAUCUCCGACUGUGUCUCGCGCUCAUCUCAUUGGACAUUUGGACACAACAAUACCCGGAUGUGAAGAGGAGAUCGGUGUGGUUUUAAGGGCCGACAUGGAGCUGCGGACAGAAGCAGAGGUCCAGCAGCUGUUGGUGGUUAAAGAAGAACAUGAGUGGAGUCCCAGUCUGGACCAAGAGGAACCAGAGCCCCCCCACAUUAAAGAGGAGGAGCUUCAAGGGCUGGAGGAGGCUGACAUGAAGGUCUCAUUCACUGUUGUGAAGAGUGAAGGUGAUGAAGAGGAAGCUCAGUCCUCACAGCUUCAUCAGAGACAAACUGAACCGAUGGAGACAAAAGGUGAUGGAGAGGACUGUGGAGGACCAGAACCAGAAAGGAAUUCAAGUCCAGAUACUGAGACUUCAGACUUUGAAUCUCAGCCUGACAAAGACUGGAAGGAUCCUGUAAGAAAAGCCUUCAGCUGCUCUGUGUGCGCCAAAACAUUUAAACGGAGAGGGAAUCUGAACAUACACAUGAGGACUCACGUGGGAGUGAAACCCUUCGGCUGCUCCCUGUGUAGUAAAAGGUUCACUCAGAAAGCAGGUCUGGACUAUCACCUGAAAAUCCACACCGGAGAGAAACCGUUCAGCUGCUCCCUCUGUGGUAAAAGCUUUCGACACAAAGGAGCACUUACGUCUCACAUGGCGAGGCACUCGGAGGUGAAACCAUUCUCUUGCGGCAUCUGCAACAAAAGAUUCGGGACUGAGUCGCAGCUCCAAGUCCACAAGUGCGUGGGUGAGCGCCCGCGGUUCCUCCGGGGCCGAGCAGGCCGAUGUGGCGAGCCCUUGAGCUGCUCGGAGUGUGAUGCGACAUUUCCCAACAACUACCUCCUGAUGACCCAUGAAAGGAUGCACAGAGGAAAGAAGCUGUUCACCUGCGGCGUCUGCGGCCAGAAGCGUCAGUUCAGCUCCCAUUUGGCAAUACACAUGAGAACCCACACCGGGGAGAAACCGUUCAGAUGCUCUGUGUGCGGCAAAAGAUUCUCCCAGAGGGGAAUCAUGUCGCAACACAUGGCGGUCCACUCAGGGGUGAAGCCGUUCAGCUGCGCCGUCUGUGGCAGGAGAUUCUUUUGGCAUUUUCAGAUCAAGAAACACAAGUGUCUCGAGGAGCUCUGUCGAUUCAAAGGAGCAGUCUUUAAUGGAGGGGACUGUGACCGAGAAGAGGCAGCAGGCAGCUCAGAUCCGGUUAGACUCCCAAAACCAGGUACCAAUAAAGACACCAAGCCGUCGUCUGUUGAGGACAGUGUUGACGUUGAGUUUUGGACAGAGACCAGGAAACACCAGUCAGGGUUUACGUACCAGAGAAAUAGAAAAGUUUCUGUGAAUGAUGGAUUUAAAAGCAGUAAGACACCAUUCAGCUGCUCCGAUAACAGGACUGAAGCUGAGCCCACGGCUGAUGAUGGAGGUCAUGGUCCAAAGCCUCUAAAAGGUGAGCAGGUCUUUGUGGGUGAUCCAGGAUUUAACAGCAACAUGAAACCUUCCAGCUUCUCUGAUCGUCACCGAAGAUCUGAAGAUGGUCUCACUUUGCUGACCCAUGGGAACUCCCCCGUGGGAGGAAAACCAUUCGGCUGCUUAUUUUGCGGGAAAGGCUCUGCAAUGGCGGGAUAUCUGUCAAGACCCAUACCUAUCCAUAUAGGAGAGAGAACGCUCGGCUGUGUAAUUUGUCACAAGACAUUCUCUCCAGAGUCUGACCCUGUGGGUGACGAGUGCACCAGCGAGCCCUCGCAGCUCUGCGAUGACGACGGGUUGGCCGGCGGAUACCAGAUCCCCGCAGGGUUUAAUCCAAAGCACCAGCUGCAUGUUCCCAUAAGACUCCACACGGGACUGAAGCCGUUUGGUUGCUCGGUUUGUGGUAGAACGUUCGCAGAGCGUGAGAGUUUGCGUUCUCACGUGACGUGUCACACGGCGGAGAAACCUUUCAGCUGCUCAGUGUGCAACACAGGAUGCAGUGAUAGCGAGGAUUUGGUACAGCACAUGAGGGUCCACACGAGACAAACACAGUUUAGUUGCACCGUUUGUGGAAAAGAAUUUGCAUGGAGGAGACAUCUGGAAAAACAUCUGGAAAUCCACUCGCGGGACAAGGUCUACAGCUGCAGAUAUUUUCAACAAAGAUUCAGUUGGCAUUAUCAGCUGAAGUAUCACCAGUGCGUUGGCCAUCAGUCCUCACAGCUUCAUCAGCGACAAAUUGGCGAGUGCAGAGAGGCAGAACCUGCAGAAGGUGACAGAGAGGACUUUGAAGGAUCACAACCAGACAGGAACUCCGAUCCAGAUGAACAUCCACAACCAUGUGCUGGAGACUCUUCUGAACCGGAGACUGAAGACAGUGCCGACAGUCAUUUCUGGGAAGAGAGCUGUGGACGUCUGUCGGGUUUCAAUUCUCUGAAAAAGGAUGAAGUCUCUCAGGUCAAUGAAACGUUUAUCAACCACCACAAAAAAAGUUCUACGGGAGGGGAUCCAUCAACACGAGUAGGAAGUCCCGACCGGCACAUGGACCAAAAGCCCUCCCACAUUAAAGAGGAACUGGAGGACCUCUGGACCAGUCAGGAGGGAGAGCAGCUUCAAGGGCUGGAAGAGCGAGACAUGAAGAUCUCAUUCACUCCUGUGAAGAGUGAAGAUGAUGAAGAGGAAGCUCAGUCCUUACAGCUUCAUCAGAGACCAACUGAACAGAUGGAGACAGAAGGUAAUGGAGAGGACAUUGGAGGACCAGAACCAGACAGGAACUCGCGUCCAGAACCAGCUACAGAUGAUAGUGUUGAUAGUGAUUUUUGGAAGGAGACCAGAGAACCUCAGUCAGGUUUAUACUCUCUGAAAGGUAGUGAGAUCUCUGACACAAUUAUGGAAUGUCACGCUGUCAACAAAGAUGUCGGAGCGUCAGAGAGCAGCCACAGUGUUGACAGUGAUAUCUGGAAAGACAAUUCUCCGAAUGGUGACAAGGUUCCACAAAGUGAAACCAGGUUCACUGUCACAAAACCCUACACCUGCUCUGAGUGUGGGAAACGAUUCCACCACAACUACAACCUGAGGAACCACAUUAAGUACCACACAGGAGAAAAGGCCUUCUUUUGCUCCAUUUGCGGCCUGAAGUGUCUAUACAAAUCCCACCUGGAGAUCCACAUGAGGACGCACACCAGGGAGAAACCCUUCCCCUGCUCUGUGUGCGGGAAGAGAUACGCGCACAAGGCUAGCAUGCAGUCCCACAUGGCCGUUCACACCGUGGAGAAGCAGUAUGUCUGCGGCGCCUGCGGCCGAGGCUUCGCCUGGUACACAGAGCUGAAGUACCACCAGUGUGCCAGCGAGUCGCUGGCCGGGGGGAAACCGUGUGACCAGGCUUAGUUUUUACAAAGAUCAGUUGGCAGUAAAGGAUCCGAUGAAGCAGUGACGGAUCCUUCGAGGAGCUGGAAGUUCUUUUUGCUUUAGAGGGUUGAGAAAGUUAAAUAAAUGCUCAUCAAGAUCAUUUGUUUUAUCUAAGGAAGUAUUUUAUAAAUCUGGUACCAUCCAAUCACUAUAAUGUGUGUUAAGCUUCUGAACAUUUCUUCUGAUGACAAUAAACUAUGAACCUGUGAACUUCCUGUAGGUCUUGGACAAUCGUCACACUCCAUUGGUGAAUAACCAAAUGUUCUCUUUGCUCAGAUGAGUGACAUUAAAGUGGUGGAGCAGACGGAAUCCUGUUUGUUCAUAAUUUAAACAUAAGAUGAUGUAGAAACGUUUUGUAUAUGUACUAUAUAUGUAUAUAUGUGUGUGUGUAUAUAUAUAUAUAUGUUACACAGCUUAAUAUCGUAUACUAUGAUAUUACUGUCGCAGGCUGAUGUCACAUAAACAUGUCAUACAGUAAAUCUAACGGCCUUCUGACAAUGUUCACAUGAGAGUCGGAUGCACACACACACACACACACACACCCCGUGUAGACUCACACACACACCCUGUGUAGACUCACACACACACGCCCCGUGUAGACUCACACACACACACACACACACACACACACACACACACCCCGUGUAGACUCUCACGUCGUCCCGAAAUGCGUUCAGGAACACUAAACGUCCCUGCUGACACAGUAAUAUAUAGAAACAAGGAGAACACCAACAAUUUUCCGUGCCCUUGAGCGAGGCAGCGACCCCCUGAGGACACCACCGACCAGCUGGGAGAUGCAUGAUGGGAAAGAAGUUCAUAACAGUUUGUUUAAAUUUAGUUUGAGACCAAACCUGAGGCCACGAGUUCAGGGCAGGACCUUCGUUAGUACAAUUGUAGCUGAAGCUAAUUAAUUAACCUUUAGACUUUUCUUCUCAAUAGUUUUGUCUUAUUAUUUCAUCCUUGAAAGUGUGCGUAUUAUUUAGAUUAAUGUUGAGAGUGAAGAAAUCAAAGUGUUAUGCUGCUAAAAUAGUCAUUCAAAUGGAAAUGCAACUUAUUCAAGCAACCGUUAAUAAUAAUAAAGAUAUGGACGUCUCCUUGUUUGCAUUAUCUUCUUCUCUUCAUUCUUUUAGGUGCCGUCAGUUUCCAGAUGGUUUUGUGUGCUUUUUUUGUGUGUCUGUGGUUUAGCGACUGAAUCUGUAGGUUUUUAAACUGAUGUUUGUCUUUAAUCUUCAUCAUUUAUCUGAUUAACUCCUGUUUUUCUCUUUUCUGUUGAACACCGUUUCCCACGAUGCAUUUCAUGGCUGCGUUGAACCCUGUAGUGUCUUAAGAAGCCCCUUAAUCCUCAUGAGUCACUUCCUUCGCUCAAGUAGUGAGUGUUUGUUUUUCCCGCGAAUCACUAAUUCAUGGUUUUAAUGAAUGAUUUCCCUCCCUGACAGAAUAAAUACUGUUAAUCUGGUACCAACA